CACGGUAACCACAGCUAGGGGCACCUCACCAGCACAAACCCCGCCGUGUUUUCGGCCCAAAGUAACAGGAUACCCGCCAAGAUAAAGACAGUGCACGCAGUCUGGAGAGCAGGUCCUUCAGUUUAAUCCAAAACCAUGGGGUUUGCACACCUUGCUGUGAUGCUGUCUGUCAGCAUGAUCCACGUAGUUUCAGGUAUGAGCUUUAUGACUCCUGAGCCUGAUACACCACCGACACCAUCCCCAGACUCAUAUCCCCUGGGUGACUUAAUCCAUGCUGCCCUGCAGAGUAAGGAAUACUUAGGACAGGCUUCUGCAGAUACAGGUACCACCACCAAUCCGACACAGGCUGUGCCUGGACUUGGGCAGACCGAGUCAACAGCGACAGCCAUAUCACCAGGGCUUCUCACCACAGCUUUAACGUCCUCUUUGGCUGCUGGUCAAGCGGGCUUGAGGAAUCCCAUGUCCUCACUGCCCAUGGAAGAGGAGACAACCACCACUCUGAUUACCACAACCACCAUAACCACAAUGCACAUGCCAGUACAAUGCAAUGCCACUCUGUCAGCAAUGGAGGAUGUUGUUGAGUCACCAGAUCCAGCAUCAUCAUCUUCGUUUUCCCCUCUGGAGUGCACCUACAGCAUUACUGUGUAUCCAGGUUAUGGUGUGGAAAUUCAGGUGAGGAAGACUAAUCUCUCAAAGGAAGAGUCUCUGAUGGUAAUGGGUCAUGGAGGUUCAACACCAGAGCUGUUAGCCAAUGAGACCCUGAUGAAAGAGGGUCAGGUGAUCCGCAGCACCACCAAUCAGGUCUACAUUUAUUAUCGCAGUCUCCGACAGUCCAAUCAUGGCACGUUCAGCCUCCACUAUCAAGCCUUUCUGCUGUCCUGCCCAUUCCCCAAGUCGCCUGAAGGUGGCGGAGUGACAGUGACGGACAUUCAUCCUGGAGGGCAAGCACACUUCCACUGUGAUCCUGGUUUCCAGAUUCGAGGUCAUGAGGUGGCAACAUGUGUCAACACAACUCAGCCACGCUGGAGCACUCCUGUGCCUCAGUGUGUUGUUGUGUCUUGUGGAGGGUGGAUCCGUAAUGCCACUGUGGGAAGGAUCCUGUCACCACCCCCUCCAUCUGUCAGCAACCACAGUAAUGGAAAUAAUCUGAGCUGCCACUGGUUAAUAGAAGCCAAAGAGGGACACAGACUCCACUUACACUUUGAGAGGAUUGCACUGGAUGAAGAUGAUGAUAAGUUAAUUGUGCGAAGUGGAAACAGUUCCCUGUCCUCGCCGCUCUUUGACUCAGAUUUAGACGAUGUCCCAGAACGUGGGCUGCUGAGUGAGAGCUCCACAUUGUACCUGGAGCUCACAGCUGAUUCUUCCUCCAUUCCUCUGCUGCUGGCGUUGCGAUAUGAGGCUUUUGAUGAUGAGCAUUGCUGGGAACCCUACAUGCCUCAUGGGAAUUUCAGCAGCAGCGACAUCACAUAUCAGCUGGGCACCACUGUUACCUUCACCUGUUCUCCAGGCUUUGUCAUGGAGCAGGGCUCAGCAACUAUCGAGUGCGUCGAUCCCAGUAACCCCCACUGGAACGACAGUGAGCCGGUGUGCAAAGCUCUGUGUGGAGGGGAGCUGACUGAGCCCUCGGGAACUAUCCUGUCGCCUGAUUGGCCACAGAGCUACUCAAAGGGACUAGAUUGUGUAUGGCAGAUCCAUGGUAAUGAGGAGAAGCGCAAUGAACUGGAUGUCCAGAUUCUAAAUAUCCGCCACACCGAUGUGCUGACAGUUUUUGACGGCCGUGAUCUCACGUCGCAUGUGAUCGGCCAGUACCUGGGGUCCAGAGAGCGUUUCCAGGUUGUGUCCGGGGGGUCAGAGGUCACCAUUCAGUUUCAGAGCGAUCCAGAUGACUCCAGUUUCAUCCUGAGUCAAGGAUUCCUUAUUCAUUAUCAUGAGGUGGAGCCUAAUGACACCUGCCCCACCCUCCCUCAAAUUGAGUUUGGUUGGAUUAGUUCAUCUCACUCCUCUCCUGUGAGAGGCAGUGUCCUGACCUAUCAAUGCCAACCGGGAUAUGACAUCAGCGGAUCAGACAUCAUCACCUGCCAGUGGGACCUGUCCUGGAGCAGCAGUCCACCUACUUGUGUUAAAGUCCAGCAGUGUCCUGAUCCAGGAGAGGUUGUGAACGGAGCGCGCUCUGUACGCCCUGAAACAGGUUUUGCGGUUGGCACAGUUGUGCGUUUCUCUUGUAACCAGGGUUAUCAGCUGGAGGGUCCUAGUCAAAUCUCCUGCCAUGGACGAGAUACCGGUACUCCCAAAUGGAGUGAACGUAGCCCCAAGUGUGUCUUAAAAUAUGACCCAUGCCCAAACCCUGGGGUCCCUGACAAUGGCUACCAAACAUUGUACAAGCACAGCUACCAGGCCGGAGAAAGUCUGCGCUUCUUCUGCUAUGAGGGCUAUGAACUUAUCGGAGAGGUCAUCAUCAAGUGUGUUCCCGGCCAUCCUUCUCAGUGGAACAGCCCACCCCCCUUUUGCAAAGUGGCAUAUGAAGAGCUUUUGGAUGAUCACAAAUCAGAAGUGUCCGAGUCUUUUGAGCCAUCCCACCAGAUCCUGAGUGAGAAUAUCGCUUUGGCAAUAAUUCUGCCAAUCAUCCUGGUCAUUCUUCUGAUUGGAGGAAUUUACAUGUACUAUACAAACAUUUGCAGACUAGAAUGGAAGCCUCUCUUCUGGAAGUCUCUUUCUCACACACACUCCUACAGUCCCAUCACAGUCGAAUCUGAUUUCAACAACCCCCUUUAUGAAGCAGGGGAUACACGGGAGUAUGAAGUGUCCAUUUAAAGAAGACAAUGUCUGGGUGAGAGUUGAAAACCACAGAAAGAUUCAGUUCUUGAGGAAAACCAAUUAUUUUGUACAAAACGGCCUCACUCCCCAUUUAUCGUUCUUUUUUUUUUAUUUUGUUUGAGUUUUACCAUCUCUUUAGAUCUGGUUUAUAGUUGUGGAAGUGUUUUAUUUGGAUUUAUUGCACUGAUAUAGUGAUGUGCCAAAUGUGAGUCCUACUUAAUGGUCCAACUUACUGUAUCAUCAGGACUGGUGCCUUAUGAAGGGUAAGAAAUUGACAUCAAAGAGAAAAAAAUUAGUAUGAGGGAAGAACAGGUGACAUAAAAUGUCUGAAGGGAAACUGAUUUAUUUAUUUCAUGUCAUUACGAGGCCAAAACAUUAGAAAGCAUGGCAAUACUUUAUUUGUAACAAUCAAAAGUUACAGCCAUUACUAUAUAUAGUACAUGGUGAAUGUUUCGCUUUAAUUUCUGAAGUGGCUCUUGGUAUGUUUUGCAAAGUGUCAUGGUAUAGAAGAAGAAUGCUUUAUUUCAGUCAUGAGAAAACAUUUUGAAACCAGCCGACAUUUUCUUCUCUUUUACUUUUUCUCACAGUGUGCAACACAUUUACACAAAUUGAAUGUAAAUAUCUGACUUAAUAUUGGCUGAGGUUGAUAUAUAUAUUCCUAAUUAUAUAUAAAUAUAUGUAUAUUGGCCUCAAAUAUAUGUACACUUAUACAUGGUGGCGGGAGGUUGUAUCUUUUCAUUAUAUACAUAUAAUGAAAAUUCAGUGCCAAAAUAUGUUAAAUUAUUUAAUGUCCCUAAAUGUUUCAUCUGAUGUUGAACUAGUGUUUACAAAAGCAGUGUUUAUUUUAUUCUUUGCUGUUUCUGCAGUCAUCACCAUCACUAAUGUCACACCACACACUGUAUAAGAAAAGGUGAGGACAUGAAUGUCAUUACGCUUCGAGCAUGCAUUGAUUGUAAAUUAUAUUGCUUAUGCUCAAUCUAUCCGUUAUCAUUAUAGUUACUGACAGUUGUCAUUGUUAAUAAAUUUGAUGUUGUAUGCACUAUGUUGAUGAAAAAUUUCAAAUCUGGCUGCUUGCUGUGAUGCAUUAUGUAUUUAUUUAUAAAUGAUUGUUUGAACAGUGAAUGUGGUAUCAUUCACUGUGCCAAAUGAAGGAUCUCGGAGACUAUUGCUUUGUAGGCCUAAUUCUUCUCUUCCCAUCAGUAGCAUUUAUUUGCUUUACAAACCUUUUUGAAGCCAGCAAAUCAUUUGCUGAAUUUAAAAUAAAGUCUCUGUUAAAUGUU